CCCCGCCGAGGCCCCGCCCCUCGCUGCGCCCAUGGCGGGGCUCGCGCACGUCCUCGUGCACGUGCGGCGCGGGGGGGUGGGGGGCCCCGCGCGGUUCGGCCAGAGCGUCACCGGCGCCUUCUGCCCCCCGCACGCGGACGCGGCGGCGGUGAGCUGCGGCCUGGAGCGCGGCCGCCUCGUCCUCUCCGACGCCGCCUUCCCCGGCUCCGCCGAAACCAUCCUCGAGAGACCCCGCUCGUGCCCCGCCAAGCUGCUGGGGCGGCAGCCGGCGGCCGCCGGCACGCCGGGGGACUGCGGGGUGACCGCCGGCGUGGCCGUGCUGCUGCAAGCCAGCACCCGCCGCGUCCUGCUCACGCGCCGCGCCGCCGCCCUCGCCGUCUUCCCCGACGUCUGGGUGCCGCCCGGUGGGCACGCGGAGCCGGGCGAAGAGCUGCUGGACACGGGGCUGCGGGAGCUGGAGGAGGAGACGGGCCUGCGCCUGGAAGCCGGCACCUUCUCCUGGAGGAUGCUCGGCCUCUGGGAGUCCGUCUACCCGCCCGCGCUGAGCCAGGGGCUGCCGCGGCGCCACCACGUCGUCUGCUACCUGCUGCUCCGCUCCGCCGAGAGCCACGAGCGGCUGCAGGCCAGGAUGCGUCCCAACGGGAGCGAGGUGAGCGCCUACGCGUGGCUGGAGCCCCCCGUGCUGGAGCGCAUCAUCGCCGAGGACGGAGCCGGCGGCGCAGGAGCCGUCCCCGGCGCCCUGCCGGCCACGCUCAGCAUCACGGAGCUGCGCGGCGGCUCAGCCCGCGCCGCCGAGGUCCCUACCGCCACCUUCCUGAACGCGGCGCCGGGCGGAGGGGAGGACGGCGAGCGGGUCGGCGCCGGCACCAGGUUCGCCCUGCGGCUCUGGCUGGAGGCGGGCAGGGAGCCGGGGCCGGUCGGGCCCUAGGGCGGCGGCGGGCCGCUCCGGGAGCCGCCGGCGCGGGGAGACGAAUAAAGUUGCUUCUCGCCGGGGA